AAAGACUUCCAGUGAGCCUUGCCACAUCCCCAUCUGACUUGGGGCCAUUCAUCAGCCUUCCAAGCCUAUCAAUGACAUGUCCCCAUCAGGGCUCCUAUAAAAUAAGCCCCUUUCCCAUGAAACAUCAGCAAACAUUUUGACGGGUCUGGCUUUCCCCCCGCUGGAUUUCUCUCCCCACCCCUACACCCCGUCUCAUUCCACCCUGAUUCCCACCUCUCCCUCUCUCCUCCGCCAACACCACCCCUCUCUGGGCGAACCUCAGAUCCUCAACAUCUCCUGUGACGGGCAGUGGUCACAGGAACACAGAGCGAGACGAGGGGAGAGCCACUAAGGUGGGGGAAACGUGCACUAAGCCAUUUUCUUGGAGCAGCCAGCGUCGUUGAUGGGAAGAGGAUGCAUUGCGGGCUGCUGGAGGAGCCUGACAUGGAUUCCACAGAGAGCUGGAUUGAAAGGUGCCUUAAUGAAAGUGAGAGCAAGCGAUAUUCCAGCCACACGUCUCUGGGGAACUUGUCCACCGACGAACAUGAAGAAAAGGAAAACAACAGAGCCUCAAAACCACAUUCAACUCCAGCUACUCUGGAAUGGUUAGAAGAGAACUACGAGAUUGCUGAAGGUGUAUGCAUCCCCAGAAGUGCCCUCUACAUGCAUUACCUGGACUUCAGUGAGAAGCACGACACGCAGCCGGUGAACGCAGCAAGCUUUGGAAAGAUUAUAAGGCAACAGUUUCCAGCACUAACCACCAGAAGAUUGGGAACCAGGGGCCAGUCAAAGUAUCACUACUAUGGCAUCGCAGUGAAGGAGUCGUCUCCGUACUACGACGUGAUGUACUCCAAGAAAGGAGCGGCGUGGGUGAACGAGACGGGGAAGAAAGAGGUCACGAAGCAGACAGUGGCGUAUUCACCGCGCUCCAAACUGGGGACGCUCCUGCCAGAGUUCCCAAAUGUCAAAGACCUAAAUUUGCCUGCCAGCCUGCCAGAGGAGAGGGUGUCGACCUUCAUCAUGAUGUACAGAACACACUGUCAGAGGAUACUGGACACUGUUAUCCGAGCCAACUUUGACGAGGUUCAAAGCUUCCUGCUGCACUUCUGGCAGGGCAUGCCCCCCCACAUGCUGCCUGUCCUCGGCUCCCCCACUGUGGUGAACAUCGUCGGCGUCUGCGACUCCAUCCUCUACAAGGCCAUUUCCGGGGUUCUGAUGCCCACCGUCCUUCAAGCACUGCCUGACAGUUUGACUCAGGUUAUCCGAAAAUUUGCCAAACAACUUGACGAAUGGCUUAAAAUAGCACUUCACGACCUUCCCGAAAACCUGAGAAAUAUCAAAUUUGAGUUGUCCCGGAGAUUCUCUCAGAUCCUGAAGCGGCAAACGUCGUUAAACCAUCUAUGUCAGGCGUCCCGGACUGUAAUAAACAGUGCGGAUAUCACUUUUCAAAUGCUGGAGGACUGGAGGAACGUGGACCUGAACAGCAUCACCAAGCAGACACUUUACACUAUGGAGGACUCUCAGGAGGAGCACAGGCGGAUCAUCAUCCAGCUGUAUCAGGAGUUUGACCGCUUAUUGGAGGAGCAGUCCCCGAUCGAGGCGUACAUCGAGUGGCUGGAUUCCAUGGUGGACCGCUGCGUCGUCAAGGUGGCAGGAAAGAGGCCCGGUUGCCUGAAGAAGGUGGCUCAACAGUUCCUGCUGAUGUGGUCGUGUUUUGGUACCAGAGUCAUCCGGGAUAUGACCCUCCACAGCGCGCCCAGCUUCGGCUCCUUCCACCUGAUCCAUCUCAUGUUUGAUGACUAUGUGCUUUACCUGUUGGAGUCUCUGCACUGUCAGGAGAGAGCCAACGACCUGAUGAGGGCCAUGAAGGGCGAGGGGGUCACAGCAGAACCAGAGGAGGAAUUCACGCUUUCAGAAACCACUCCCACCUCCCCGUCUCCAGGGUCAUACUCCCCUGCUCGAUCAGUCAACUCCGUCAGCGUCUCCUCGGUUGGUUCUCCCACAGCUGCGGUGUCCCCGGAGUUCACCGGAGUGAGCGCCUCCACAGGUGCUGUGCAGUCAUAUACCUGGUCCCUUACAUACACAGUGACAACAGCUGGUGGUUCUACUCCGGAGGCUGGACAGCAGCUGUCCUGCAUGAGGAGCAGCGCUCCGGCCCCCCCUCCGUCCUCCACCCACCGGAUGCCGGUUUAUCCCCACAGAGAAGAGCACGGUUACCCUGGUAGCUACAACUACAGCAGCUACAGCAAUCAGCAUCCUCACUCCAUCCAGGGCCAGUAUCCCAGUCUGGCACACGAGGCGGCAAUCCCAGCCCCCCUUCACUACUCCACCUACCACCGCUCAUCUGCACAGUACCAACAGAUGUCUCGAAUGGAGCCCUGUCUGAUGGGCAGUACUCCUCGUUUGCACCCUUCGCCUGUCGCCCCCCGGUGGCCGGAUGUGUCCCCUGCCAACAGCUGUUACACGAGCCCACCUUUGCAUUCAUCCCGUUACGCCCCCUCUGGGGACAUGUACUCUCCCCUAGGCCCUCGCAGGAACUCGGAGUAUGAACAUUCGCAGCAUUUUCCUGGCUUUGCGUACAUAAAUGGUGAAGCCACCACAGGCUGGGCCAAAUAAAACAAUUCUGUGGAUUUUAUUGUACAAGCUCCAGACCUGCCAUGCCAGCAGGCACACAAGUACUUUCAUUCAAGUGCAAGUAAAAAUGUGUGAGUAAAGAGGUGGAAGUGCCAUCGCGAGGAGACAGGAACACUGGUUGGAAUGACAAUUCCAAGCGAUUCAAUCACAAGGGUGAUUGUGGCUUAAAUGAGAAGUGGUUUAUUUAACUUUAAAAAUGUUAAAGGGAGAAUUAAAAAAAAACCUAACUACUGUCAAAACUUGCAGCAUUAUUAUUUUAGGAGUGCAAUGCUGCCGCCGAGCUGUGCCUUCGUUUUAAGGAAUGUACACCUCUGCCGAGUUUCGCUGAAAGGUCAGAGCUCACGUCACCUCAACAACAGUCAGGACCGGCUGCGCUUUUCGCCGUUGCAAUCCCUGUGAUGACGCCCCUUCCUCGUGUUGCUCAGCCCUAUCGUCAUGAACGGCUGUUCUGCCUUAACUCUCACCUGGAACACCUUUUUUUUUUAUUGCAACAGAGUUCUGUCCAUUGACCCAUAUAAGGUGUCUCAAUAUUUCCAGUCAAAGAGUUUUUUAAUGGUUGACUCAACAAAUAUGGUUUUUUGCUGUUUUUCUGUGACACACUCUCAGAUGCAUACAAUACACAUGUGUAUGUAUUCUCUGUGACUUUGUAACAUGGUGUAUCCUUUAUUUUCUAUGUUACAGUUGGUACUUUGUCUAUGUUUUGUAUGAUUAGUAAAGGAUGCAUUAACUUAGAGAUGUGUGUUUUAUAAUGCACUCAAAGCCACUAAGGACCUAUUACCCUAUGGGUAUUUAUAGAAAAGGGAAAGUAUCAAAGUGUACAGUAACAUGAGGUCUAGAAACUCUUCUGUAAAUACCAUGAAAGCACUGGAACACAUAUGUGGUGACAGUUUAACUAUCACAGCUGAAAGUUAUGUAUAUGUGAAAAAUAUGCUGCCACAUAAAUAAUUUCUCUAUUUAAAAAUGA